AUGGCCACCGCCCUCAUCAAGAAGCACAAGUACGCCUCCUCGGCCAUCCUCGCCGGGUCCAUCGUCUCGGCCGCCGCCGCAAUCACCCACUACUACAAGAACAGCGCCGCCCGCUCCUCCCCUCCCCUCCACCCCCUCCUCGACUCCGGCAUCAAGAAGGGCGACCCCAAGUUCGCCGGCGGCAAGCUCCGCUGCCACUGCGCCUCCCGCACCGUCGAGGUGACCCUCGACGGCAACGUCGCCCACAACCACGCCUGCGGCUGCUCCAAGUGCUGGAAGCCCGAGGGCGCGCUCUUCUCCGUCGUGGCCGUCAUCCCGCGCGACCAGCUGCGCGUGACGGCCAACGGGGACAAGCUGUACGUCGUCGACGACAAGGCGGCGAUCCAGCGGCACGCGUGCGAGGAGUGCGGGGUGCACAUGUACGGGCGGAUCGAGGCCGAGCACCCCUUCAAGGGGCUCGACUUUGUGCACGUGGAGCUGUCGGAGGAGAAGGGGUGGCAGGAGCCGCAGUUUGCCGCGUUUGUGUCGUCGAUUAUCGAGCAGGGCUUCGACGCGGAGAAGAUGGGGGAUGUGAGGGCCAAGCUCAAAUCUGUCGGGUUGGAGACGUUUGACUCGCUUUCGCCUCCGCUUAUGGAUCUGAUUGCUUCAUGGACCGCCGAGAAGAAGGCAUAA